UUCUGUAUACAUCUUAUGAGCCUGAAAUUCAGGUCUCGCACGUGCUCCAAGGUGUUUGUCACACGUGCGCUCCACCAAGCUUACCUGCCAAAACCGGUUCGGUAUAAAUAUCGGUUCACAUCCACGACCAUAACCAUAAACCAGUCGAUGAUCACUGAGAGCACGAGGAGGAACGACAUGGAGGAAACCAUUAACGCCGAGAAGCUUCGAGCCGAGUUUCUUAAAGUUCUUUGCAGCAGACGACCUUGCGAAGUUCCGCUAUCUGUAGAGCCAGCAAAACCAGUGACAAACCCUUUGAUUCAGGAGGCUUCCCCACCUCGAUUCAGUGAGGCAAUGGCGUCUUGCCCAAAGGCAGAGAUUGAGAAUUUGAAAGACUUAUUGCAAGAGGAAAACUUGUACUUGACUACUGAGGCAGGAGAGCAAGGACGGUUGCCAGUGUUGAUUAUGAGCUUGAAGGAAGACGACAUGGAUAAAAAAAGGCCUGCUAUUGUUUUUCUGCAUAGUACAAACAAAUGUAAAGAGUGGUUGAGACCCUUGCUUGAGGCGUAUGCUUCGAGGGGAUACAUAACCGUAGCCAUUGAUUCUCGCUAUCAUGGUGAACGUGCCAGCAGCAUUACCACCUACAAAGAGGCUCUUAUAUCAUCAUGGAAAAAAGGUGAUACCAUGCCAUUUAUAUUUGAUACGGUCUGGGACUUGAUAAAACUGGCAGAUUAUUUAACGGAAAGAAAGGAUAUAGACCCUACUAGGAUAGGAAUCACCGGGGAAUCACUUGGAGGUAUGCAUGCAUGGUUUGCUGCUUUUGCUGACACACGCUACUCUGUUGUUGCCCCUGUAAUUGGGGUUCAGGCUUUUAAAUGGGCCAUAGAGAAUGAUAUGUGGCAAGCUCGAGUUGACAGCAUAAAACCUGUUUUUGAGGAAGCACGUAUUGAUUUAGGAAAGACUGAAAUCGAUAAAGAAUUAGUGAAGGAGGUCUGGGAUAGGAUCGCUCCUGGUCUAGCAGCUGAUUUUGAUUCUCCUUACACAGUUCCAGCUAUUGCACCACGUCCUCUGCUGAUUGUAAAUGGAAGAGAAGAUCCCCGAUGUCCCUAUUCUGGUUUAAGGAUUCCCUGUUCAAAAGCGCAAAAAGCAUAUGAAGAUGCACUUUGUUCGGAUAAUUUUAAGUUCAUCGCCGAACCUGAAAUUGGCCACCAAAUGACCUUGCAGAUGGUUAACGAUGCUAGUGACUGGUUUGAUAAAUAUCUCAAGCCUUGAUCCUCUUGAUGUUUUGUUGUUCCCAUUUUGUUUGUGUCAACUUUAUCUUCGCAUUUUGUUUAUGAAUUUUAUUGAAUCCAAUAAGCUCUGCUUCAGGCGAUUCAAGUAGAUGUUUAUGUAGUGUUGCGUUGAAAGAGAUUCAUUUUAUUCCAAUAAACCUUGUUUCUGGUUU